CAGAUUGAGUCAGAUAAAGCCUCCCGAUGUUUUGUGCAUCAGAGCAGUGCGACUCGCCACUCGGAGAGCUGCUAACAAGACGUCUUUAAUGGGACCCCCUGUGUCAUUUGCUUCGAGACUUCAUCCGCUUAAGAGACUUGCUGUUUCGGCCAUGCCACAAUGGUUAUGAUUUGGAUUCUGUUGCUGAGUGCUUUUGAUCUCGGUCCCCAGGUAUCCUGGGCGAAGGGCUUGGACAGCGCUACUAAGUUACCUUGUGCCAGGGGCAGACCGUGUGACCCCAGAGCGCGGAGAGAUGCGGGGGGACCCGGCGGAGUCUACGAACACCUCGGAGGUGCGCCUCGGCAUCGGAAGCUUUACUGCGCCACUAAAUAUCACCUUCAGAUCCACCUCAAUGGGAAAAUUAACGGAACGCUGGAGAAGAACAACGUCUUCAGUAUCUUAGAAAUUACUGCCGUGGAUGUGGGAAUUGUCGCCAUCAAAGGGCUCUUCUCUGGGAGAUACCUGGCCAUGAACAAAAGAGGGAGACUUUACGCUUCGGAAACCUACAAUCCGGAAUGUGAGUUUGUGGAGCGAAUUCAUGAGCUUGGUUACAAUACAUACGCCUCCCGAUUGUUUAGGACUGUCCCAAUCGGAGCUGGCACGAAACGCAAAGCCAGCGCAGAAAGACUCUGGUAUUUAUCCAUCAACGGCAAAGGUCGACCUAGACGUGGCUUUAAAACACGGAGAACUCAGAAAUCCUCCCUUUUCUUGCCAAGGGUCCUGGACAAUAAGGAUCACGACGCAGUCAGGCUGUUUCACACAAGCCAGAAAUAUCGGGAAAGUAUUCUGAGACCCUCAAGAAACACCGGGAGGAAGAGGAGAGGACAGUGAAGAAACAAACUGUUAUUAUUAAAUGUUCUCCGAGUAUGUAGGAUUCCGACGAAGGCAACCAACGUGGUUUACACAAUCUUGGACAAACUCUAGCAAUCUUUUUUGUAGGCCAAGCCUUUGAUGGAUGGGAUGGUCCUUAUGGCUGGAGAUGCUACUCAGAAGAAGUAUCCUCCACUGGACUCUGAUGGACAGGACUUCUCGUGGAAGACUCUCAGCUUUCCAUAUACCAAGCCCUGGUGCUCAUCACGGCCAACAGGCUUGCACUAUUCCACGUGUAUUCAGAUAUAUUUAAAACGCGACUGACGUUUCUCAAUGUGACAGAGAUCAAGUUUAGUGGUGGCCGGUAAUUAGUAUUGUUAGAGACACGGUCUUGGUUCGUCCCGUUAUAAUAAUAUACGUACGGAAAUGAUCGAAUCCCCCUGACUGAUUCUGUCACUGGGUCUACCUCAAAACCGCAUUAGAAUCCGGCGUUCUUCUUUUGUAACAAUUUCUUGGUACGUCAGAACUUCAGAACUUCUAAAUCAGUAUUUUCAGAUUGCGGCUGAGAAUCGACGUUACAAAAACCGACAGUAAUAUAAAUAUAUGUAUAUGUAAUUGAAGGGCAAGUGUUAAGGUUUAUUUAUUGCUACUGAUUGGGGGAGGGGAGGACCAAAUAAAUUGGGUUUGAAUAAAUCC